AUGGAUGAGGAAAAAGUCCGGGUGUACGCGGAUGUGGCGGCGCAGAUGAUGGAGCUCCAUGCGUCCAUUGCACUGCUUACGCAGAACUUAGAAAAGAUAGCACGUACUGACAAGGAGGUCACCUCCAUGACCCGGAUUUUUAACGGCGUAUUUCAAAACGCCGCGCAGCAGACAAAUUACAGAAAAUCUUCGCCAUCAAAAUAA